AUUAACGAUCGCCGUUUUUAGCAUCGCUAAAAGAGACACGCUUGUGGGUGCUCUUGUCGGAGAAAUUUUGAUUUUGAAUUUGGUUUUUGAGUUUGGGCGGAUUAAGGGUGCGUAUCCGUUCACCGUGCUCUGCCUGGCCCCACGAUCUUUUCCAGUCUCGUGUACAAGCCAGUAACGAAGCUGCCGCUAGCACAUCACUCAGGUUCGUGAUCGGUCACCAGACGUCCGGUGAACUCGUUAACCUCGGUUUUAGGAUUUCGGAGUCCUGUUAAAACGGUUGUCAGUCGUGUGAGGCUGCGUGCGCGAUCGUUGCUGGCCCGGCCAAUGUCUCACUCUAUAUUUGGCUAGUCGCAUCCAACAUAUUGCAUAUCUUGCCCUUUCAAAAUUCUCACUUUCCAUUGCGCGACUAUCACCGACGAGCUCCGUCAAUGGGACCUAGUGCAACCUGCAAGAACGAGCCCGAGUCCUUUCCUUGCUGAGGCAACUCCUAGCAUGUGGUGUGCCCACUCCGAUACAGAACCUCGCUCUUGACUUAUCGCGCUCUACCGCGAAAUUGUACACGCCGCGCUGAUAACCGGUCGUGUUCCGAAAUUCCCUUUUGGCCGCCAGCAGUUCUUUCGGGAUUUAUUGUGAAUCUAUCUGCUAAUCUGAGAAAUAUUUCGACACUCCGUUUUUGCGUUUGUGUAACGAACCCCCCAUACGAGAGGGAUGGACAGGGAGAGAUCAACCCCGCGAAUUUACCACUGACCUGCGUCAUAUCAUCUCUUGCUUCCAAGGUACGUGUACAUGAAUGGGGACAUUGGGAAGCUCCCACCAGGGGCGGUUUACGCAGCCUCCCCUGAAACACUCAGCAUGGUUGGGGGUGCAGUUGGGAACAGUGCUUCCGGUUUAGAUUACGGCGUCAUGAACGGAGGACCGAGCGGCGGCGAAUUGAUGCUCGACGCGGGUGUCGGCAGCUUGGAAUCCGCACCCCAACUCGCCAUGGGUAUGGGAGCUGCUGUUGGAUACAGUCCAGUGGAUAUCCCAAAUCUUGGCGACGUUUCGGCACCAACCGGCCAAAUGGCCGACCUUACUGUACCAGGCAUACCCCUAGAACAACUUAAACAGAUGCUCUCUUCUCAACUCGAAUAUUACUUCUCCAGAGAGAAUUUAGCUAAUGAUACAUAUUUAUUAUCACAAAUGGAUAAUGAUCAAUAUGUGCCGAUAUGGACGGUUGCGAACUUUAACCAAGUGAAAAAGCUGACCAAGGACAUAAAGUUAAUCACGGAGGUGCUUCGAGAGUCUCCUAACGUGCAAGUGGACGAGGAGGGUCAAAAAGUCAGGCCCAAUCACAAACGUUGUAUAGUUAUCUUACGAGAAAUUCCGGAUAACACUCCCUUGGAGGAUGUAAAGAAUUUAUUCUCAGGAGAAGGAUGUCCAAGGUUUAUUUCGUGUGAGUUUGCGCAUAAUAGCUCCUGGUAUGUAACCUUUGAAUCCGACGAAGAUGCUCAAAAGGCCUAUAGGUUUUUACGGGAAGAAGUGCGGGAGUUUCAGGGAAAGCCAAUCAUGGCGCGCAUCAAAGCUAAACCAAUGAACAGGCUACCGAUGCCGGCAGUCACAGGAGUCGGUGGAAUAAAGAAUGGAUAUCGAACUCCACCACCGCCACCUGCUGUCUACGAUCCCGGAACUUAUCCUCCCAAUCCGCAACGAUUUCUUUACACAAAUGGCACUACAAUGCCACAAACUACUAUGCCGCCAUAUGCCAAUCAAGUCCACGUCUACCAUCAACCGUUCUAUCCAGCUGGAAUGAUGCCUUGGGGAGCAGCGAGUCCAGCUUAUUUCGAUGUGACUACCAUGUUCACCAUGAAUGGUAUCACGCCGCACACAACGUACAAACCACACAACACAAGAUACAAUCAAAGAAACAGAAAUAAAAGGAAUGGACCUGACAGAAGUGUCAUCGGGGGAGGUAGUGGAAUAGGGAUCGGAGGAGGCGGAAAUGGAGGCGGUGGUGGCGGAAGUGGUGGAUUGAUGGACGGCGGUGGAAGUGGCGGAGGUGGUGCAGGCGGCAUGUCAAUGGCCCGAAGUUUGCAUGCUCCGCUAAGUGGAGGCGGACCUGUACCAGGAGGAACAGUGCCUCCUGUCCCAGACAGGAGCAGCCUACCCACUGCGAAACCAACCUCAUCUUCCUAUCAGACCGGCACAAAGUUUCAUUCCUCUCACACAGCAAACAGUGCGACCGGAGAUGCUCCGUACAGUAGCAGCGGUCACGCGAAAGGGUCGCAGGAGAGCGAUGCUCAGACCCUGGACACGAGCGCAAUUCAGUUUCCGCGCCACCGCAUACAUCGCAGGACCAAAGAUCAAGACAACACACCAUUGAAGACGAACAGUAGCCCUCAGCCCUCGAGCCGAGAUUCUGCUCCGGCCAGCAAUGCCCAGCACAAUCGGGGGGUUCAGUUCGACUUGGAGGCUUCCGCUUUUCCGCCGCUUCCCGGCCUCGAUGCCGAUCACACAAAGUCUCACAAUCCCUCGCUGGAGACUAGCACCGCGGAGAGUCUUCAGUCUCAAAAUAGGCUCUCGGAUGUAGUCAAGGGCACGGCCAAACUGAAAAGCACAAAGGAACUGGGUGGGAUCGCUCAACAGUAUAAUCAGCAGCAGCAUUAUCAGCAGCAGAAUCAACAGCAGUACCAGCAUCAACAGCAGCAGUACCAGCAUCAGCAGCAGCAGCAGCACCACCACCAUCAUCAUCAUCAGACUAGCAACAGCAGCAGGUCAACGAGUCCCGGAUCAAAUGUUGCUGCUGGUGGUCAUCAUGGCAAUUCCCAGGAGAAUAAUGUCGCUGGUCCGAGCAUCUCCUCAUCCGCAGCAGCUGCAACUUCAAACUCGAAUCCCUCGGCUAGCAACUCUGAUGUUCAAGACAUCGCUCUGAGCACCGUCACUCUCACUCCCCCGUCAUCUCCCGAUAAAUCUAAAAAGACUGAUGACUCGAACAUGGUGAAUGGUGUGGAUGAGGCCAUAAGUACAAAUGCACAUGCAGCAGAAGUUUCCGAACCGGUGACCAGGUGCGAUUGUGACAUCCCUACUGCCUCACAGAAUAACCAGUCGCAAACUGGAGUGACCUCUGCCUUCCCUGUAGAUCUUACGAGGCCAAGUUAUGCCCAAGUAGCCCAACAUUGUCGCGAGCUACCUUGUACAAAACACGAAAGGGAUGGAAAUGCGUAAACCGAUAUGUAAGUAAGCUGCUCAUUCAUAUGUCCUUCCUCUGAUCAAUUGUCAGUAGCUUCUAACCGAUUAAGUUGAUGACUUGAGAGUAACAAAGCAGUGGAUCGAGCCAGCUUUAGAGUUUGCACCCAAUACAAGCAAGCAAACAAGCAAGUGACAAGAAUUUCCGAUGGGGCGAUCUUUUGCGGUGAUAUUCUUAAGCAAAGUUAGAGCACAUAUUUCUGAUUGAAUGUUAUCGAUGUAGUAUUCAUAUGACAAUGUUACAGAUACUACUGCGAUCAAUUUCAAUAUUUAGCAGUUACCAUUCAUUUGGAUUGAGUGGGUCGUUUAACGCUGCUUUUAUCAUAAUGAGGUUAUUUAGUGGGCACAAACAAACAAAACAAAACAAAAAAACAAAAAACUUUUUACAUUGUACAGUGACUUUGCCUACAAUGAACGCGGUAUUGGUUGAAAAAGGAUGAUACAGAAAAGAAAUUUUAUUUCAAGAGACAGUAAUUUUUCUCCUACAUUUAAGAUAUGAUUGCUGACAGGAUAAUAUACUAUGUAGCGGAGAGUAUUGUUAUCGCUUUGGUUCUGUGAUUUUGGAGGUACAUAUUUGUUAGCUUGUAAAAAUGUUAAACUAAGGUGUUAAUCUUUUAAUUCCUUUCUCGUACCUACUUAUCAUAGUGCAGAGCCGUAACUGGGAAAAAUCUUUGUAUUUGUGCCAAACCCCUGCUACCUAACACACAACUCGUUGAAAAUCUAGGUAUCGUACAGUUUUUUCUUCUAUUAUUAUUUUUUUUUUGUACUUGUACAUUUUCCAUUGAUUCGGAUCUAUUCAAUUUCCAGAAUAUUGAUCACGAGAAAGAAAUCAAACGCGUCAUCGCGUCUUCUAAACCAUGUUUAUUGAGAAUUAUUUCAUUUACUGAAAUUUCAUUUUUGCCCUGUACUUUUAUGUUUACAUUGCGAAAUAUUUGUACAAAAAUAAUAUGUACAGAAAAGUAGUUGUAAAGGUUUAUUGCUUAUUGGCUUAGGAUUAUUAAUGAUUCGAAAAGUCAGUAACAGAAUGCAAUUGUUUUAAGUUGUCUAUUGAAUUGUUGCAGUUUCUUCAGUUGUAGUAUCUAGUUGAUUAAGAGGCGCGACAAUUUUACGAUAAGUUUUUUUAUUUUAUUUUUUUUCCUUUCUUUUUUUAAGGGUUAAAGCCCCAAGCAUACUUGGGCAAGUCAUUUAAAUUAUUUUUAAAUUUCCCCGUGACAUUAAUUUCCCUCGUAAUGUCGAUAUGGAUUUGGCAUUUUUUCUUAUUUGGAUCUCCAGCGUAGUGGAAAAAGAACAUUUUUUUUCUUGCGUGGAUGGGUUUCAGACCGUUGACAUGCCUUAAACAUAAUAUUCGGUGGCCAUAGAGUGGAUCAAAAUGACUUGAGCAUGGCGGGAAUAUAAAUUUUAUCGCUUAGAUAUGUAUGUACUAUAAUUCUUAGUGUGAAGUUUGUAUAAGUAACAAAAUUAAAAAAAAAAGUUAAAAGUAAGUUCGUUGCAGAAGCAAGCUCCAAAAAUGUAUUAUCCUACGUAUAAUAUUCCAAGUAUGUACUAGUCUUUACUAGAAGCUUUAAAAAUUUUUAUGGGAAACGGGGGAAAAAAGGGCCAUCCUCGCCAGUCCGUUAUCGGUAUUCUGGAAAAUAAUCUCACACUUUUCAUUUCUGAGUUCCGAGUCGAAUAAAUCAUUAUUUCCGUUUUUAUACCUAAUCACGGCACUGAUUUAAAAAAAAAAUAUAAUUGUUACAAGAGAUAACAUACAAUAUAGAAAUAUGCUUUGGCGAGUAACAUAAGACAUGUGAGGAAAAUGGUAUUUGAGCACACAAUAAAGUGCCUCAAGUGUUGUGUAUAUUACAGGAGCUUGGCUUUAGAUGUUAUGCAAUUACAUGUAUCUAUACAUUAUAAUAAAGAGCGCAUAUGAUAUAUUUGUUACUGAUAUGCGUGCAGAAUUGAGGUAAUGGAUGCUAAAAAAAACCAAUCUCCUGAACUAUAAAGAUUUAUUGACAUAUGUAAUUAUAUUAUAAGUUAGCAAUGCUGCCUUUUAAUUUUUUACAUUUUCAAGUGAUUAAGAUGCAAUUUUGGAGAUGUCAGGAAAUCGAUUUUCGAUUGUAAACUAAUUAAUAUAUUUACUAUUUGAGUUUAUGCGUUGGUGCUGUAGGCUGUUUAAUCUACAUAUAGUCGAUUUCAUACCCAGGACCGAUUUAGUGAAAUCCUACUUUCACCCGGCCGAAAUUGCUUUUAAGUAUGACAAUAUGUAUUUUAAUAAAACAUAAAAAUAAUGUACACAAAAAGCAAGGACUAAUAUUGUGAAUCUUGGAAUCAACUUGAACUUGUUUUAUUGGUAAAUUCGCCAACGGUGAUUUAAAAUUAAAAAUGUUUUUUUUAUAAAGCGUUGUAUGUGCUGUCAACAUAUCUGUAUGAGACUUCGUAGGCAUAUGUCGAUAUAAAAAAAAGACUUUUUUUUCACUUUUCUUUCAAGUUUUACCAAUAAAAAAGUGUGAUUGGUGGAAGGUACACAUGGCUCCUUAAUUAGAAAAUUUUUAAUUUAUCAAAAACGUACGAAUAAGGUAACUGUGCCGCACAUGCCAUUUAUUGUACACAUCGCUUCCAAAACGAUCAUGAGAUAUGCGGAUUCGCAGUAUAACAUUUUUUCUCUCGACUCUGAUUGUGAUUUCUAACAACGUGAAGAUUGAAUUAUAAUUUUCGUUUAAUACUUUAUAUGAUAUAAUAUAUAUUAUGACGUCGUUAGGUGAUUCAAAAACAUGGCAGCAGUUGCGUUAUAGACAUGUAACUAUGUAAUAAAAAUUAUAUUUGCGGACGAUGUAUACCGAUGCCUUGGGUCUAGACUUGAUCUAAUAUUAGGGAUUAAAGAUUCAAGGUUCUCGAGACUUUGCGUUGUGUUUUGCAUGGAAUAUGCUGAUAACUAGUAAAAUUUUCGGUAUACAUAUUAGAUUUAUGUAAAUGCUGUAAAUGACAAGAAAAAAUAAAUAAAAUAAAAUUAGAAUCGCUAUGAUCCAAGGUAUGGGUUGUUGAUUGACACGAAAUUGUCAAAAGUAUGAGCAGAGUGGACAAAACAUAUUAUCACACAAUUAUUUCUUUAUUGUCCAUCAAAAAUAUUGUGGUUGGUAAUACUUAUAGUUAAGUCAGUGAACUGUGAUUAGACUAAAGGCCCGCAAAAAAAGAUACACAACGUAAUAUAGUUUUGUUUCAUAGGCCAAGGGCCUAGAAAGUCUGAUUUUUUUGAACAACUAUCAGGAUGUGUAUUAUAAUAUGGUCUACGACAUUUGUUUUAUUACUGUGUAAAGCGAAAGGUUUCAAAAUUAAACAUUGAUCACUGUUAUUGGUUUUACUUUUAUUUUUCACUACUUGCAGUCACUUCCAAGCGUUGCGUACUUGUAUACACUGUUUAUGCCACGUGCUCACAUAGUUUCAAUUCUAUUUUUUCUUACGAAUCGUACAAAGAUAUUUUUAGAUUUAGACGGCCUAGCGAUACGAUGAGAAGUAAACAGAAGAAAAAAAGUGAAGAGGCGACAUUUCAUACCUAAAGUAGAACCACAAGUGGUCGUGCACGAGUUUUUCAUAUAGGGCAUGUCAAAAAAAGUUGCCGAUAAUUUAAACACGAGACUGACUGUAAUUAUUUCAUUAGAGGCGAAUUAAUUACCAUUGUGCAAAAUUUGAACUCUUUGAUUUUAGGCGGUGCCACGUUUGCGGGGAAAAAAAA